GUUCGACGAUGCAAGUGUUCAACUAUGCCGUGGUCGACUUACACGUAGUCGAGAAGUAGCUAUCAUCCAAAGAAGAUGACUAACAAGCGGGUACCAAUCAAGAAGACGUAUUCAGUUUUGAAUCUAUCAAAAGAGUUUGCAGCAAAUACUUCGAUGCAUGGUCUGAAAUUCAUCGCCCAAGAUGAAGCUUCACUACCAGAGAGGAUUUUGUGGAUAGCACUUUUCCUAGUUGGUUUAUUAUUUGCCGUCAUCUUUUCGUGGAAUUUGUGGCAAAAUUGGCAAGAUUCACCUGUUCUCAUCACCAUUCAAACUGCUAACUAUCCGAUAAAGGAAUAUCCUUUUCCAACAGUCACUAUCUGCAGUGUCAAUAAGGUUUCAACUCGAGCUCUUGGAUAUUGGAUGUCAGCAGACGAGGCAAAGAAUUUCAAACUGGAUGAUAUUCGACGAAUUUUGGAAAUCAUGUCAACUAAUCGAGUGGAACACGAAGAAGAGAUCGCACGGCUUAGCCAACUUUUGCUGCAAGCCAAUAUAAGUAGUAAUAAAGGUUACGAAAAUCUCAUGGACCGUCUAUCGCCAAACUGUUCAGACAUGGUAAUCUACUGCUCGUGGGAAGGCAAAGAAGAAGACUGCGCCUAUCUGUUUGACUCCGAAGCAACCGAUGAUGGAUUUUGUUGUUCUUUUAACUCGAUCGUCAUCGGACGCGAUGCAAAUUCAAUGACUAACAAAAAGUUGAGACACGCUCGUACCAGUGGAGUUUACGCUGGACUUACCGUUCUAUUAAACGCAGAAAUUGAAGACUAUAACGUUACGUCUUCUUCAAUAAGUGGCUUUAAAGUUUCCAUCCAAGAUCCAAAGGAUUUUGCGCGUACUGGACGGAUCGGAUUCCUUGCAAGCCCAGGGUUCCAAAUCGAUGCGGCUGUUAAUGGUCAGACUCAGAUAGGAGAUGACCAAUUAAGGACCAUAGAUCUAAAGAAAAGAUUGUGUACUACCAAACAAGAAAUUACGCUUCAGUACUUCGAAGAUUAUACAGGACCAUAUUGCCAGCUCGAUUGCCUUACAACCCACUUUAUGGCCAAUUGUUUUUGCGUCCCAUACUAUUAUCCAGUGCCCGCCCGACUGCCAGUCUGUAAUUUAUUGUCUUAUCCCUGUUUAGAGAAAGCGAAUGAACUUGUGCUGCAAAACUCAAGUUUGUGCGACUGUCCUGAUGAAUGCACCACCGUCUGGUAUAGGAAUGAGAUCUCUAGUGGAACCUUUCCAAAUUCAGUCUGGCAAUAUCCGAACAGUGUCAUUAAACGACCGGAAUUCAAACGCCUAAGCACGAAUUCCCUCGAUGCUUACGCCAAAAAGAAUUUCGUCAAAUUAAACGUCUACCUCAAGUCUGAUUCUGGAUUGUGCUAUAUCAUGACUGAACGAACUACGUGGACGGAUUUUAUUUCCGCUGCUGGUGGGCUGCUUGGUUUAGGCUUCGGGUUCAGCAUUUUAAGUGCGGCGGAACUAUUCUAUUUCUUUCUGGUUCGUUGGUGCUAUCAUUGGUACCAUGAAAAAAAGCAGCAACAAAUGGUUAUCCAGAUUCGGCCACCCUAUCCGUUGAUGCCUGGUCGUCGUCUAAUAGAAAGUACGGCAAGAUUGCAAUUACGAAGAAAAUCUAACAGGACCAGUAUUGCUGACAGACUUCCUCCGACUUACAAGGAGUGGAAUCGUCGUAAUCACACCGAAAGCUGGGACUGUCUUGGUCAGCCAAAUUUAAUCCGAUCGUGGGUUGAUUAUUAGGACGUCAAAUAUCUCAACUAUCCCACUGAGCUUAAGGUAGUC